AUACACUACCUACCAACCUGCAUUGAUCCAAGUUGGCAGCUUACCAGAUUUUCCUAUCACUUUCUUCUUCUUCUUCCACAUUUUGCUGUCAACAAAUACCAACGCCUCUUUCAACGAUCCUCCAUUUAUACUCCACCUAACACACAAACACCGUCAAAAUCUUCAUCUCUGCAUCGAUUGUAUCGCCAAAUCAUCCAAUUACUUCACUUCAUCAGUAAUAAUGGCUGCAAUGGCGUCUCACCAAUCUAUUGCUACCCGUCAAUCUCACGGGUAUAUCGGUAAAUCUGCCCUGCACCAGGACUGUGGAAAUAUUUCUAUGAAGCUGUUCAGAGGAGGUUCGUUUGAACCAUUAAAACGAGAAGGUUAUUGUUGUAGUAAGAGAAGUUGUGGGUCGAUUCAAGCAUCAUCUUCAUCUUAUCAGAACUCAGCUAACAAUCCAAUUUUAGCCCAAUCAAGUAGCACCAUCAAGGACCCCUCAAAGAAAUCGAGUGAAGCGGCUUUGAUAUUGAUAAGGCAUGGUGAGUCUCUUUGGAAUGAGAAGAACUUGUUCACUGGUUGUGUUGAUGUGCCAUUAACAAAGAAGGGCGUGGAGGAAGCUAUCGAAGCUGGUAAGAGGAUAAGCAAUAUACCCAUUGACAUGAUAUACACAUCUGCCUUGAUUCGCGCGCAGAUGACGGCUAUGCUUGCCAUGACCCAACAUCGCCGCAAAAAGGUACCUAUUGUCAUGCAUGAUGAAAAUGAACAAGCGAAGGCUUGGAGUCAAAUUUUUAGUGAAGAAACAAAGAAGCAAUGUAUACCUGUGGUUACAGCGUGGCAACUAAAUGAAAGAAUGUAUGGGGAACUGCAGGGCCUAAAUAAGCAGGAAACCGCAGAUAAAUAUGGAAAAGAACAAGUACAUGAGUGGAGACGUAGUUAUGAUAUACCUCCACCAAAUGGAGAGAGUUUGGAAAUGUGUGCUGAAAGAGCCGUCGCAUACUUCAAAGAUCAAAUUGAACCUCAACUCCAACAAGGAAAAAAUGUGAUGAUUGCUGCACACGGGAAUUCCUUGAGGUCUAUCAUAAUGUAUCUCGACGAACUCACAUCCCAAGAGGUUAUAAGCUUGGAACUAUCCACCGGGAUACCGAUGCUUUACAUUGUUAAAGAGGACAAAUACAUCAGAAGAGGAAGUCCAGCCGCCCCCACUGAGGCCGGCGUCUAUGCCUAUACUAAGAAUUUGGCUAAAUACAGGCAGAAGCUAGAUGAGAUGCUACACUGAUGUCAAAGAAUCUCCCAUGCGUAUGGACAUCAAAACUAAACCGUGUACCAGUUUCUUGCGGUUUUCAUAGGAGCAUGUUCUUGUCAUGGGUACAUAUACCUUUUGGUUUCCAGUUUCUAAAUGUAGCAAAGACAAUCUUAUAAGAUAAAAGUACUAUGAAAACAUAUAAUACCUUUUAUGAAGCAGUAGCAACACAAGGUCUGGGUGAAUUUCUUUCUUGUCUAAACUUAGAUUGCUUAUGCGAUUCUUACAGUUUUUCUUUCUAAAAUUAGUUAUGUAAUGCGUUUUAUUGUUAAAUGAAUGAUAGGUGUCUUUUUUUUUU